AGAAUUUGCGGCUAGAAGAUCGAUUCAAAGAGAAGAGUAGGAAUAUGGCAAUGAAGCGAGGAAAAAGCUCAUCUCCUCUGCUGGCUUUGCUGGUUCUAGCUCUUUCUGCUGAUCUCACGCUCUUGGGCCUGGCAAGCUUUGAAGUAAACCAUCAACUCAAUGACCUCUCCGCGCUAGCAGACAACAACGCCAUCUUCGACUUGGUGAGAUUCUCCCUCACAGCCGCCGCAGUGGGAGUGGCAUCGGCCAUGAUAGGACUGUUACAUGCCAGGCAUCAUAAGCAUGAAACUAUAGUGGGAGCAGUGUGCGUGGGAGUCAUCGCCCUCGUCCUCUUACUUCUUGCCGCUGGCUUUUCUGCCAAGCACAUCAUCCUGGGUUCUGUCAAACAGGAUAGACUGAAAAUUCUUGAGGCCUUGGCGAUUGUAGCGGGAGGAACACAACUUUUCUACGUACUCUUCCUUGUUCUAGAGUAUGAAUCGUGAAAGAACGAACAAUGCAGGCUACUCCAGUGCUUGAUCUGUGCCAUGUAUCAAAUUCCACCCCGCUCUAACGAAAAUUUUAGCCAAAAUCUUAGCAGUUA